AUGCAUCACAUUAUAGACAUAGCUCUGAAAAGUCUGCCCAGUGGCAGUAUCUGUCUGUACAAGAAGAAACCACUCAGUGGUCAACCCAAGACAUUCUUCAUGUCGAGAGAGGAGAGAGAAUUAGAAGGCAUCAGCAAAAGACCAACAUUUCACCUGUCGCUGACUUCUCAGAUGCUCCUGUAUGAGAUGUUCGCCUUGGUUGUUUUAGCUCUUAUUGCAAUCGUCCCCUUCACAUCUAGGGCCUCCACACUAAAAUGGAUAGCAUUAACAAAAGACCAUAAAAACACGAUAUGGGCGAAUGCAACUGUCUGCAAAUCAACACGACUGCUAGUCUCCCCUCAGACGUCACUUUGCAAAAGAAAUCUCGACGUAAUGUCGGCUGUAGUGGAGUCUACGACUGUGACCUUUGACACGUGUCAAGAACAGUUCCAGGACCGUCGAUGGAAUUGUAGCAGUAUCGUAUCCGCACCAAACUUCACUCCGGACUUGGAUAAAGGUACCAGGGAAGCAGCUUUCGUCCAGGCUCUAUCAGCAGCAAGCUUGGUACACACACUCGCAAUCUCUUGCAGCGCUGGUAUCCUGUCGCGGUGCGGUUGCGGGCAGCUGCCGUUCGAAGACAGUGAAGAUGCGCCCCCUAACGACGCAAGAGAGACAUUCCGCUGGGGCGGCUGCAGCGACAACGUAGACUACGCUGUUGAGUUUACAGGAAGGUUUGCAAACGGCCCUCUAUUGACCAACAGGAACAGAGACAAUCCAAAGUCGCGGAUGAAUCUGCAUAACAAUGGAGCUGGCAUAAAAUUGAUACAGUCAAGUGUGAAGCGACGGUGUAAAUGCCACGGAGUAUCUGGAUCAUGCAACCUCAAGACUUGCUGGCAAUCCCUUCCCAACAUCUCAGUCGUAGGGUCGGCGCUCAAGCGGAAGUACUCAGGCGCAACGGAGGUAUCAUAUCGCCGGACAGUGGUGAGGCGGGAACUAGUCCCUAGAGAUCCACAGCGUAAGAACUACACACUGUUUGACCUCAUCUUCUUAACUCCUUCACCAGACUACUGCAGGCAGAAUAUCAGAUAUGGGUCAUACGGCACACGUGGCAGAACUUGCAACCCCCGAACUUCACCACGUAGCGAAGGCUGUGAAGUGAUGUGCUGCGGCAGAGGCUACGAAAGACUCGUGUCAGAGGUCACUGAGCAGUGUCGAUGCAAAUACAACUGGUGCUGUUACGUCACGUGCGAUGAGUGCACGCAAACAGUGGAGCAAUUUGUCUGCCUGUAGUCUUGAAACAAGACGUAAAUAAAAUGAUAGAUCUUAAAUGACGCUCAAAUCCAUGACUCAGUUAUGCUCUUGACGCUAAAACAUUCUUACUCUUGGUCACUGAGCCGCCAUUCCACCAUCCAAGCUCCUUGCACUUGAAACAAAACCUCGUUAUGCUGACAAGAUACAUCUUGUUUUGCCGCUAUAUAUGCAUGUGUACUAGGUUAGGGAGUUUAAAGCCUGUGCUACCAAGAAGUAGCCCGUCAAGUUAAAUCGACCACGUGAACCAACUCUGCCGUCAC